CUUCAAAAUCAUUCACCCCGUCAUCUCAAGGAAAACAACAAACAGAAAAUCAUGGCAUAACGGGUGGUGUCAUAGCCGCUAUAGUCAUCGCUAGUAUCAUCAUAGUAGCAGCCAUAUGUGCUAUCAUGACAUACAUAAUCCGAACACGUAGGGACAAAAUGGAAGAACGCAAGAGUUCACGCUUCGCUAACUCAGUUGGAAAGAAGAAUGUCUCACCUACACUUAUGAAUGCCAGAUCAAAACUACGCGAAAAAAUAUCAAGCGAAUCUCCACCACUGAGCAUUAAAUCACCAUCUAGUGCAUCUUCUUUUGGUGAAAAGCGUUUUUAUGAUGAGGAAGAAGAUUUUGGUAAUUUGAAAACGCCACUUCCAAAGCUUUUGCACGGGUUCGAAGUGAAUUCCGAGUCUUAUUCACUGGUUACGCCUUCACCAACUAAUUCCACAUUUGCUACGCAACAGAUGGCAUCACUUAAGUCUCCAUCAUAUCCAUCCAUACCUUCAACACCAACCUACAUUGAUGAUCUCCCACAAUCACCUUUGGAAAGCCCAACUGCGGAUGUGCGCACCGUCAAACUCUCAUUCGUACCUACCAUGUCUGAUGAAAUAGCCGUCAUGACUGGAGAUACAGUCCUUCUCUUGAAGGAAUGGGACGAUGGAUGGGCAUUCGUUGUAAAACUCAACAAAGAGGGUGAAUUCAAGGAAGAGGGUGUUAUCCCCCUUGAGAGUCUCGUCGACAAGACACCACAAUCUCGUAACUUCACCCAAAGUGUGAAAUCAAUCCCAUCAAGGAUGUCACUCACAAAGCCAUCAAUUUCGAGCAUCGGUUCACGUAGAAGUGGCGUCAGACAUAGCAGUAUUAGAGUUUAAAAAAUACGCUCUAUCGGUAGAAAAAAGGAUAACCAUUCCAUUAAUCUCAAUAUAUCCCUGGAGGAUCUUCUUCUUUCCACUCUAUCUGUCUAUCUAUCAUCUUAAUCACCUUCAUUUGUAUCAUAUGCUACUUAAAUUCAUAAUUCUUAUUGGAAACAACAAUGAGUGUCAUAAAAAACGCGAUGCAAGGGCGUCACUAGCGAUAAUCCUCCAUUAGCUCGUCUCAAGGAGGUAUACACUAGACGCAAUGUUUUGGAGUGUUGGUUUUUC